AAAAAUGGAGUUACAUGAUUCAUUAAUAUAGUGUGUGCUAGCCAUCGCACAUCCACAGUUAAAGACUCUCGAGAACAAUACAAAAGGUCAUAUAACCAUUUGAUAACGAAUUCAAGACAUUUCAAUAAGAUAUCUCAAACCAUAAAACAUACCCAAAAAAAUCGAUAGCACAUCAUAAAACCGAUUAGUACUAAUAACCGAAAUGGAUAAAAGUUAGAGAAAGAGAUCACGAAACACAUGGGGUGGAAAGUAUGAAAUGGGUGACUUAAAUGUGUUGGUGGGAGGAAUCUUAUUUAUUUGCCUCAUUCAACAUUCACUGUUUAGGGAAGGUCGAUACUCGAUCCACAUUACUCUUUUUUUUUUUUUUUUUUUUCCUUUGGUUUGCUUUUCUUUUCUUUUCUUAGGGUUCACCUUUUCAUGCCUCUCCCCAUCUCUUUAUCCCCUUAUUGCUUUGCUGCUUUCCUUUCACACAAUCUUUUCCACCUAUUGGAGCCGUCUCCUUCUUUCUCUCAGGACUAUUGGGAGUUCAGUUCAGUAGCUGUAGUGAUCACAAAUUCACUCUCUGCAAUUACUACUUUGGGGAGAAAGCAGGUAGAAGAGGAAGGAAAGAUGAGGUGCCAAUUAGUCAAGGAGGUGAAGGACAGCAAUGGGGAUUUAGAAGAAGAAGAAGAAGAAGAAGAAGAAGUGUGGCCGGUGGAACACCCCGUGGAGCCAAUGGAUGAAGACCGUCCAGUCAUCUGCCCAAUUCCUACCUCUUUUCUUCUUCCUCAAGAAGGAAGAAGUCGUGAUCAAAAGAAAAAGGUGGAAAGUUGGAGAAAGAGAGCGGAGAAUCCAGUACUAGCAAUAGCAACAACGCCGAUUAUGAUUAAUAAUAAUAAUAAUAAUAUGGAUAGGCUCGAAGCGGCAGAGGGCGAUCAGAGUAUUGGAGUAAUUCGUAAGCGUUAUCAUACACAUAUCAACCAGAAGGUGUAUCGUGAUGAUUAUCUUCGUAAUCAUCAUCCAAUUCGUGAAGAUGGUUUGAGAAGAAUGACGACUUUACCUCCCCCGUCAAACAACAAUGUUGCUGAUACCAUCUUUCAUAUGCUUCAACGUGCUCCUUAACUGGUUAUAAGUUUUUUCUCAAUUUUACUCUUAGUUUCCCCACUUCUUACUUCUAAGAGGUAGCCCCCAUAGCUCCAAUUAAUGUUUUGACUUUUGAGUAUAAGUGAUUGCGUGAGAAGGAAAAAAAAUACAAAAUUAUUGUCAAUGAAUAUGGUGUUUGAACUUUAUCUAAAUACAAAUAUUCAAAACAAAAGCCUCAUACUCUCUAAAUAUCGAGUAUUGAUGCAGCAAUGUUAGAAGUUUAUGUUAACUCUUACUAGUAGAGAAUCCAGAUAAUCGACUUCCCAGCUGAGAGUUUCACUAAUGGUUGUCUCCAUAAUCACACUAAAUAGCUUGAGAAGAAAUAAAAUAAUAUUAUUUCAAUAACAUUUAUAACGACUA